AUGCCUCAGGACUCGAUAGGUAGCGAAUCCCAGGAUGACUACAAAUUAAAAGUCAAGGAUCUCUGGAACGGAAGCCACAGGCGGGAAGCUGGGUCUCUUCAAGCCCACAUCGGCCAAAUAUCAAAGUGGCUGCCACACUUGGGAGUCCUUUUUCCAGAAACCGAUAUGGAAGCCGCGGCAUCGGCUCUCGUCAAGAUGUACCAGAUAUCGGAAACCAUAUCAACUUUCAAAGAAAUUGAUGAGGUCAGAGUUGGGAGCCAGUCUACCUGGGAUAACGUGCGAGACUGCCUCUCGAGGAAGCCUUUGACAAUCGGAACCGAACGCCUUGUUCUGGUAGAAGAUCUGAGCCCUUAA